UACCUCUUCACGGUUUGCACUUGAAUUUGUUUUGUGAAAGAAAAUAGGUAAAGAGUUUCACUUGUUUACCAUGGACUUAAGAAGUUCUGACCUGUGUUCUGUUUCCUCCACAGAUGAUGGAUACAAUGAGUUUCACGUAGUUGAAGCAGACUACAAUGACUAUGUUAUUUUUUAUUUCUUGAACUACCAUAAUGAGGAAAUAACCCAAGGAAUGGAGCUCUAUGCCCGCAAACCAGAUGUCAGUCCUCAAAUCAAGAAAAGGUUUGAGGAACUUUGCAAAAACCAUGGAAUUCCAGAGGAAAACGUGCAGGACUUGACCAAUGCUGACCCCUGUUCCCAGGACUGAUGGAGCCACAGAGCCCAGGCCUCCAGGUGGGUGCUGUCUGAGGGGGUGGGGCCAGCCCAGAGGUCUCUGCCCUCCAAAACCAGCAGGGCUUGAUGCUCAAAUGUUACAACACACACAUUUGGUGAGGAAGCUUGUGGGGUGAGCUUGAAUUUGGAGUUGGGAAUUCUGGUUCAGGAGUUACCACUACAUGAGCUUGAGAGCAAAUGGUCUCAGGAUUGAAAGGAACAAACAACGAUGUGCCCCUCACAGGGUCACUGUGUGGAUUUCCUGCUGCUGAGCGGACCUCAGGAGCUGAUAAUCUCCUAAAAU